AUGAGCGGCGGCAGUGGCGGCGGCGGUGAUCGCAGCAGCAUCCCCGAGACCCUCUGGGACCUGCACGUCCCGCUCUACAUCACCCACACCUCGCUCCCCAACACGCCCUUUGUCACCACAGUCCCACGCUUCAGCUAUCUGGCCCUGCUGCUUCCACGCCUGACCUCCUACUUUGGUCUGCCCUGCUCCAGUUUCCAUCAUGAACACGUGCUGCUGCGAAACCUUGCGGUUGGCCUGCUCGUUGACCUGUACUCGCCCACCUUGCCCUGGCGGCUGACUGUGGGCGACGGCACGAGCUGGGACAUUGGCGACACUUUUCUAAACAGUGCCAAAGAGGCGGACUUUGUGCGGAACGGCAAUGCACAGCAGAUCAUGUCACUCUCCAAGGAGCACACGACAGCACUUUGGAAUGCCGUUCGGGACAACGACUACACCUCGUUUGCCAAGGUCAACUCGAGGCUACUCAACACCUCUCGCCAGCUCAGGAACGUGCCUAUCAGGGUAUACAUCCCCCAAUCUCCAUCAGCGGAUGGCGGCGGCAACGGCUCCGGAGCAGGGUCUUUCAAAGUAGUCCAAUCCCUGGUGAACUCCCGGGUCCACGAUAGAACACCACAGACGCUUGGCGCAGCCCUUAGGGGCCUUCUUCCCAUGUUAUUCCCAAGCAGCCGGGAUCCUGUGCUCGCCAAUGUGGUACUUCACGGUGCUCCGGUGCCAUUCUCGGCUCCGCUUGAGGAAUUAAUGCGAGAUGCGGCUUAUCCCGAUGGUUGGAUCUGCCUCGUAGUUGUCCCCACGGAUGUCUGA